AUGGCGGGGAGACGCUCUGGUAUGUGCAGGCUGCUCAGGCCAAAGAGGAGGAGAGAAGGCCCUGGGGCUGCCCCAGCACAGCAACCUGAGGAGAUACAGCAUUUCCAGCCCCUGCAGCAAGGUGAGUGCCAGGAGCGGACAGAGCAGCAGGACCGCCCCCGUGGACGCUUCCGCAGAGCAGUUCAGAGGUUUCUGAAGUUCAUGGGCAUUCGGCGUAGAACACCCCGGAGCACACCACCUGAGCUCAUGGCAGAGCCUGACACCAGGCCAACUGAGAUCAAGCCUGAUGUCAGCAGAGAGCCCAUGGAACACAAGGAAACCUCUGAAACCUCUGUAAUCGAAGACAUGGAAAACCCUGACAAUGCACUGGCCAUUGAAGCUGACAUCAAAGCAGUUCAUUGCACAGCAGAGCCUGACACCGCUGAGGAUGAUGACACAACCGGCUCUGACACCACAGUGACUGAUGCCAUGGCCAAGCCUGACAUCACACUGAUACCGACUGAUGGCACAACAGACUGUGACGUGGCACCGAUGGACAGCGCAGCAAAGCCUGACACCGCUUUGGCUGGUGACACAACCGGCACUGACACUGAGAUCGUGGCCAAGGCUGACAUCGCACCAGUGCCGAUUGAUGGCACUUCAAGCUCAGUCACGGCACUGAUGGAUGGCACAGAAAACCCUGAGACUGCCUUGACCGCUGACACAAUCAACAAUGAAACAGAACCAACUGAUCUCAAGGCGAACGAUGACAUCACAACUGAGGGCAUCGAAGAGGCUGACACCACGGCAACUCAGAGUGUCCCUGAUGCUCCCCAUCUGGAAUUUUUUGAGGAGAAAGGUGUCUCCAGAAUGAAGGAAGUGCCGGCCACUGUGAGGUCCAUCCACCAGCGCCUCACAUCCCACGUGUCUCCAGAUGUCAGGAUGCACACUGACAUCCGCAGGCUCGCUGAGGCACACCCAAGUGAGGUGGUGACAACUCUUCUGCGCUGUGCCCCAGCAUGUGACAGAGCUGCUGCAGUGAUGUGGAGCAGCAUCGCCUCCUCAAGAACAGCAGUGGAGAAGGUGCUGCCAACACUGCUUGCAGCAAUGGAGGACUGGCCAGUGCACGGCGUGUCCACCUCUGAUGGCGACCACACAAACGCCUCUUCCCUGGCUGCAACUCUGGCACUGCGGUUCAUCAUCCAGGAGCCCAAGUGCCAAGAUGCAGUUUUCAAUUACACCCCACACCUCCUCGUGGCUUUGCUCAUCCAAAUUUCCAUGAGCACAGAGCAGAUGCCAGAGGAGGUCAAUGCUUUCUGGAGGGGAUGCCAGGAGGAACAUGGCCUUCCCACCAAUCCCAACAGGUUUGCAGUACAGACCCUGAAGGCCCUGCUCUGCCGCCUGCACUGGGAGAAUGAGGUGGUGGCCAUUGAACGGAAGCGUGGCUGGGAGACACUGCUUUAUUCUGACACCCACCAUUAUGCAGUGGGGCUGCUGGCCAGGGAGAUGCGACGUGUCUUGGUGCCCUUCCAUUCCCAGACAGUAACCCACCUGCUCGGGCUGCUCAGCAGGGAGGAACCCCAAUGGGAGCUCCCUGCCCUGGCGUUCCUUGUCGAGAUCCUGGACUAUCUGGAUGGGAGAAAGUGUUGUGAGAGGGUCCUGCCCAUCCUAUCAAGGAACCUGCAGAGCCAGUGCCCUGACAGGCAGCGCCUGGCACUGAGAGGCCUCCUGGUUCUCAGUGUGGAUCCCUCAAUGGCCAACAGCAUCUGCAGCCUGGCUGAAAGCCUCUUGGAGCUGCUGCAUCAGGCAGAUGGAGAGUUGGUCGAGAUGACCCUCUCUGUCUUCCUGAAUGUGCUCCAGAAUGAAGACCUUCAGACAUUCGGCUGCGCUGCUCCAAAGCUGGCUGAGACACUCCAGCCACUCUUUGAAAAUGACAACAGCCAUGUGCAGCUGCUCUCCAUUCGCCUCUUCCGAGAGGUGAUGGAGUUGGUAGCGGAAGAGGGAAAGGAGAGAAUUUUGCACCAGAGCCUGGUGCCGCUCUUCUUCCACUGCCAUGACGAGACCCAGUGCGUGGCAGAGGCCUCUCGGGAAACGCUCCUUUGUGCUGCAAGUUCUCUCAAGAGGAGGGAUCUGGAGCAGCUCCUGAGGAAAAAUCAGCACCUGGAGUUCUGUGAUUGCCUGAUGGACAAGGACAUGAGCCGAAGGGACGAGCACCUGCACCGGGCUCUGCCCUACCUGCAGAGCCCACAGCAGCCCCUGAGAGAGCUGGCUGUCAGGUUCAUGGGGGUCGCAGCCUGGCACAUGAAAGACCUGCAGCCCAUCAUGAUGGCCCUCCAAGUCAUAAAUGAAGAUGACUGCCCCUCCUACUCCACCAUGCGGACUGCAGUCUUGUCCGCUUUUCGACGGGCAGUGAGAAAGUAA